AUGACCGCAGAGCCACUUAGCCUUGAAACUCUAACCAAAUUAGUAGAGAAAUUCUAUUCGGAGCCUAAGAAUGAAUUAGCUCAGAACGCUUGCACUCGCUUUGAUCCUUUUGAAGUGGCUAUUAGAAGAAGGAAAGCAGAAGGUGUCCUACAUGUAUUCAACAUCAAGGUGGAGAAUGAAGGUAAACCGGUGACUAACCAAGAGAACACUGGAAGGUGCUGGCUGUUUGCUGCACUAAAUGUAAUGCGACUACCGUUCAUGAAAAAGUAUGGCAUUGAAGAGUUCGAGUUUUCACAGGGCUACCUAUUUUUCUGGGACAAGAUUGAGCGCUCUCAUUACUGGCUGAACAAUAUUGUGCAGACCGCGAAGCAGGGUGAAGACUUGGAUGGACGCCUGGUUAAUUUCCUCCUGAAGGACCCCAUC